CGGCGUUGUAAGAGACGCGACCCAACCGACCCGGGCCGGGAGUCGUUGAAUGGUCGACUGGCGUACAGCGCAUCAUCAUCGAUCCGCCGUGCGAUGCUAGCAAUACUACCUACGUGCCAUGUCAGGAUCUUGGCCUGGCCGGCCCUUAAUAUCACACCGCUGGGCAUUGGUUGGUGGUUGCAUCGGCCACGCAUGGCAUCGCCGUCGGUCUGUCAGAUGGGCCGCAUACGGCACGGCAGCCGGGAGUGAAUCGUCCUCUGGUUGUUGGGUCCGGUACGUCCGGUACGCAGUCACAUCAAAUUUCAAGUUCCUGAGCCUGUUCCUGAUCCAGCUCCUGUUCCUGUUCGUGGCCGCGGCCUGGGCCAGACCUGCUCUGAACCGUUUGUACCUUGCGUCUCAUUCCAAAACAGUCGCCCAAUGGCCCCCAAUCCACCCGGCUCAAACAAACCAGGUGCCGAAGACAUUCCCCGACUCCGCGAGAUGCCCUCAACACAACCCCCAGCCUGGCAUCAACGCCCAUCACAUCACCUCAGCCCUUGCCUUCGCCGCCCCGUCAGCCCCCUCGCAUUUGCCUCUGCGUCAAAGAGCUGGAACUCCUCCAACGAGGAGCCAAGGUCUCAGACACGCAUACAUGCGUGUAGUCGGUGAGCAAGAGCAAGAGCAUAGCGCAAGCCAGCUUGCCAGCCUACGCAGUCGAGCUUACGCAGGGCUUUAAGACAAGAUAGACCACAGCAGCAACUGUAAUAAAAAGAAAGUUGUCUGGAGGCAAUAGACGAAAGAAGGCUUGGGUGCGGUUCAUGUGGCCAUCCGUGCGCCGCAUCCAGACCGGCAUCGCCAACUUGACAUGUUGUCCCUGCCCAACAUUUGGCGUCCGGGGUACGUUGACAGUUCGUGUUCUUGAACGAACGGAGCUGCAAGGGAG